CGUCUCUUCUCGAACUUCACCUUUUGACGAGCAUAGUAGGUAAAUAUGACGCAAGGUGGCUCUUCCCCGAAGCAUUGCCCAGAUACCGCAUCUGUUUGAGGGGCCAACAUUACUAUGCUUGCCUUUUCGAUCAAUUGAGACCAUGUCGCAAACCCCCCAAAGAUCAACCUGACCAGGUCCAAAUUCUGUCUAACAAGGAUUCGCAACAUUCUGAGGGAAUUCAUUCUUAAAAUAUUUGCGGAAGUCCAUUGGUUCUCAUAUAAACGCGCUCAUAAUGGCGGAACGAGGGGUUUUUGUGAAAAUACUUGGUAUAAUCGUCACAUUGCUCGCCGUCUGCAACACAACAGCCGCGAAGCUCACCUACAAGCUUGAACCCUGCAUUAUCGAGUCGGACUCGCCAUUCAUUCCGGAUUGGACAGAUGAGGCAGCCUGCAUCCACUCUCUCCUCCAGGGUGCCCGGUCCGGCAUGCCGAUGCAAUCGAGCUGCUACACAAACCAAUGCUUUUGCGAGCCCGACUUGAUCGCCGCGUCGAAGCGCAGACUUGAUGACAAGAGUUCUUCUUCUCUCAUGACAGUUUUGAAAGAUCUCUGCAAACCCGAACUUGCCAUCCAGGCGGCUAGCCUACUCGACAGUUAUUGCGCAGCUUUUGUCCUCGACCUUCUGUCAGACACCGACUUGGCCGAUUCAGCCCUUCUUCCAGGAACGCCUUCUGUGGUCGAGCAUGGGGUCUCAGACGCGGUGGAUUUCUUCGACGGCCUCUGCUGGCCAAAUGCAGAUGCCUGUCUUCGAGAGACUCUGCAGGAUAUGAACAGCUUCGUGGCACUCCUUGGUUACGCUUCAGACCUAGACUUGUGCCAUCCUCGAGGCGUGGUACCCGAGAUCGUCGUCCAGCAAGCCCAAAGUCGCGCGAGACAGUGUAACAGCAGUCUAGCCGAGGUCAGAGUCUCCAUAGUGAUGGAUACUUACUGCUCCGUCAGACAGCAGCAGUCGUGGGAUACACGAAACAAUCACACUUGCGAGUUCUUGCGCCUAGGGCUUUCGUCCACUGGACCGGAAAGCUUGGCAAUGUCACUGCCACUGACGGUUUGGACUGCCCCCCGUCACCAUGCUCUCUGGAUAUCCCCUGAAACUCACCAUGGCUAUGCAAUUCCGAGGUGCAUUCCUCUAGCUUACGCGAUAUUCGGCUCGUAUUGCUCAUUGGAUCGGACACAGGGGUGGCUCCUGGUCUCUAUACUCCAAGGCGCUGUAUCAACCACGAUAUCUGGUUUCCUCGAAGCCUUGCUUUUUUACGCCGUUUCUCGAUGGCGGCCGCCGACCUCCGAAGCACUAGAGCCUGUCCCCUCCUGGGUACAGAAACUGUUGGGACAUUCAUCGUUCCUGCAACCAGUAGUCAUUCUUGGACACGGGUGGGGCUUUGUCGCUAUUUGUCAGGUGGUGAAGAUUAUAGUAAUGGGUUGCGUGCUCUGGGCUUUUGACCUAUCUGGCAAUUUCAUUGCAUCGUGGCUUGGAAACUCUGUUAUACAUUUUGUAGCAUUGUUUUGCUGCCUCUUCUAUUGGGGUCGGUUUCACAUGAGAGGUACGACUGGCCUGAGGCGUCGUGUACUCCGUCUCGAGGAGGAGGUACAUUCAAUGAGAGAGCAGCUGCAGGGACUUGAGGGGAGGGCGCAGGCCGUUACGGAGCAGCCAAGGGUCCAGACCGAAGUCUUGCAGACACAGAACGACACUGACAGAAAUGAAACGAGCCCUAGACGUCGCCACUCGGUAGUCUGAGAAGUCGCUGCCCGACUCGGGUUUGUAUGAUGCUUCUUCACGUCUCAAGUUGAGACCAUGGGCAGAUAAAUUGGGAUAGUAUGCAUUGGGAGACGGGAUGCAUCAUUUUCAGAGGCGGCACAGGCCUUCAUCUUGUGUACGGAGGAUACUCCGCUCCGCUGCAGGCUCCCCCUUUUCCAUUAGUUCAUAAUGGAUCAAGCGCAACUUUUGUAGUCAGUCACCAGAGGAUACAGCCUUCUGCAGUAGAAAUAGAC